CAUCUGACAAGCUGCUGUCUAUCCGUCCCCUGAGCUAAAAUCCUGUAGAGAAGUCAAGUAUGUAGACUCGUAGCGUAUAAAUGUUUCGCAGGCCAAGUAUCACGACCGCUUCUUUUUCACAGUCAUCGCGCAACCGUCUUUCUUUCCACCAGGUCUACCUGGAUUGUCCUUCACUUUUCUUUGACGCCUUGACGACCUAUCACGCUCUUUUUUAUCGUCAGCAAUCAUGAGAUACGCGCUCCUCGCAGCACUCUGCGCACCACUUGUUGCGGCUCGGCCCAACCCGAACGUCAGCAGCCAAUGCACGCCCUCAGAGGUUACCGUGGCGGGGUCGACACAGUUUGAAACCCGCACCGAGACCAUCGUGCAAACCAGCACCGUUGUUUCUACUGUCACGAGCACUGUUAGCGUUCCAACUACUACCACUGUCGCGCUUCCUGGACAACCUACCACUGUGACACUCCCUCCCGCGACUGUCACGCUUUCUGGAACCUCAUCUGGCCAAGCUACGACCGUCACUGUCCCCGGUUCUACAACUGUCCUGGUCCCUGGCGCCCCCGGUACAGUCACUAUUCCCAACAAUGGUGCUCAGGUUGUCACUGUCACUGUCCCUGGCAAUGCGAAAACCGUCACUGUCCCUGGUGAGACUAAGACAAUCACCAUUUCCGAGGUCGUCAAGACCGUCACUGUUCCUGGUGUUGCUACCACCAUCACGGUCCGUCCGCAGACCUCUACCAUGACGCUCGCCCCUGCGACCCAAUCGACGGCUGUCACCAUCCCUGGCGGCACCACCACCAUCACCGUUCCUGCCGAGGUGAGGACUGUCACUGCCGAGCAAGGUGUUCAGACAAUCACGGUUCCGGCGCAAACUCGCACCAUUACUCUGCCUCCCCAAAUUGUUACGAUUACUGUCACGCCGACCCCUGUGUCCCCGAGCAGUGUGGCUUCUGUUGCCACUACGUCGCAGUCUACUGUGUCCAGUGUCUCGUCUGCUGGUGUCUCGUCUACUGACUCUUCCUCCACUGUGACUGGUACGGAUGUCGAGGCUGCUAGUGUGAGCUCGGCCACUUCUACUUCUCAGUCUUCCGCCGCGACCACCGAGACUUCGACUGCUUCUACGGACGUUACCACCACUGCCACCGAGACCUCUACCUCGACUGAGACUUCCGCAAGCACUGAGGUUUCUACAAUCUCUACUGGAACUUCUGCUACCGAGACCUCCACCAGCACUGAGACUUCUACUGCGGAGAGCACUGCUACCACUGAGACUUCCACUGCGGAUACUGAGACUUCUGCUACGGAGACUUCUACUUCUGAGGCUACUACCACCCAGGCUACUACUACAGAAGCCACCACUACGGAAGCCACUACCACCGAAGCCACCACCACUUCUGAAGCUACUACCUCUGAAGCCACUACUUCUGAGGCCACCACCACUGAAGCUACCACCACUGAGGCUACCACCACUUCCUCACCGACUGUCGACCCGCUCUCCAGUGCAGUAGCGGUGAUUACAUCUGAGGCCCUCCAGCCCUUCUGCUCGACCAUUCUCGACUACACCACCCCAACUGUGACGUCCACUGAGGCUGGUACUGUGACCGUACCCACAACAGCGGUUAUUACCAGUGGAGUCUCUGUAGUGACUGUAACUGUCACUGCGAUAACAACCAUUCGGUCUUCCACUCGCAUCCCCUAUGAUACCUACACCAGCUUGCAUCCCAAUGUCCCCUACAAGCGCGAAGCUUUGGCGGGUAUUCCAGACACGUUUACAUUCGUGGACAUCCCGGACACAAUGACAGCGGCCGAGCCCGUUGCUGCCACGGAGGCAGCCAUUACACCCGCGGAUCUUGCAACAUUCGAAGCGGGCAUCAUAACCGCCGCUUGCCAGCUUCAAGCCACUCCCGUCUCGACUACCGUGUACACGACUAUUCCGGCACAGACUGAGUACAGCACCAUUACUUCUAUUGUUCCGAGCACCACGUCCACGGCAACCUCUACCGCCUUCUCUACAGCUACAGUAACCCAAACUAUCAUUGUUGUGGGUUUGUAAAUAGAUAUAUUGGCGGGUUUAUAUAGUUGGCUAGCGUCUAUUAAUGCACUUAAGCAUUCUACCUCCGAUAUUUUUUAAAUUCAUAUGCCGCAUCUCAUGACCCGUCGGCACGUAGCGCGAUAAUUUCACGUUAGACAUUUAUUUAGACGGAGUCCAGCACAUCCCGAGGCAUGUGCAUACGUAUAGCUAACCAGCUUAAUGUGCCGCUAUCGUAUAAUUUUCACGAGGGAGAGGCAUAAUAUCCAGCGCCAACGAGACUAGGGAGGUUCGACUUAGGAACCCGAUGCAAACAACCGGUUAAUAGCACAAACACACAUGUUGGG